GACAUUGUUUAUUAUUUUAGCAGACUACACGUGGGAUUUGCACAUUUAAAUUGGUUAUUAAAACUUACAUUGAAAUUUUGAAAAACAGCAAUAAGAAAUUCUAUUAUAAUGAUCAAUUUAAUUUUAUAACAGUUCAAAAAUGUCUUUUUGUUUCAAUUUUCCUAAUCCUACCUGUGCAGAAGAAAAAAAUAUAGAAAGUAUUUCCAAUGCAUGUGAACAAGACGUUUUCCGAAUGGAGCGGGACAAUAGCUUUUCCUUAUCGUGUGGAUUUAUGAGCAUGAAAAGUAAUACAUUAGAGAACAGUAUAUCAAAAGAUGCCAAUGAAGUGAAAUUUGGAGCUGUAAGUGUGAAGUAUGUCUGCUUAAAAUCUUUGAAAGAAAAAACAGAAAAUGAGGACUUAUUGUGUGCUGAAAAGCUGCAGUCUGAUCUAAUUCCUGGAAAAUAUGAAGGAGGAUUCAAAGUCUGGGAAAGUUGCCUUGAUCUUUCUCAAUUUCUUGUGGAUGAAAAUGUUAUCAAACCAUCUGAUAAAGUAUUAGAGAUGUUCUGCAUAACCUCGAAAAUUACCAGUCCCAAUACGGCGGGUGUGACUUUCUUCUCUAUUUCCAUUCCAUUUGUAGAAACAAGAAACCAAACAAGUUGUGGAGCUGGUUUUCCUGGAAUCAUUGCUCUCCUGAAAGGUGCAACUGUUACAUUUCAAGAUUUUAAUGCUGAAGUAUUGGAAUUAUUAACAAUGACCAAUGUUUUGCUAAAUAACCCCAAUCUGUCUUCCUAUGAAUCUCAAUGUCAGUUUUUAUACGGAGAUUGGACUUGCAUAAAGGAAAAAUAUUUUUCUGGCUGCCAUGAUGAAAUCAUGAAGUAUGAUGUAAUACUUACCUCCGAGACCAUAUAUGACAAAGCAUCCAUGAAGAAACUAUUGGACCUUAUCAAAAGCUCUUUGAAGGCGACAGGUAUUGUUUAUCUUGCAGCAAAAACUCAUUAUUUUGGUGUAGGAGGCGGCAUUAUUGAUUUUGAAGACCUCCUAAUGGCUGAUGGAACUUUUGAGAUAUCUGAUGUUCACAAGAUUAAAGCAGGUGUUGAAAGACAAAUACUGAAAUUGAAAUUUAAAGGAAGUUAAUUUGUGUCUUGUAAAUUACAAAUUACUUGCACUCAUUUGAAGCGUUGUAUUAAAUUCAUUUUAAAAAGA